CUUGAGUAUUUACUAUUUAUGCAGUAGCCUUUCCAAAAAAAAUCUCUUCUUUUUUUUACUCUUUUUUGACUGAAUAGAUGGAGGUUUAAGACAGCUACUAUGUACAAAUUAGGUUGUGGGUGUAUUAUUAUUAUUUAUUACGGUUUUAAGUCAUGCUACAGCUGAUAUCUUCAUACUUCAGGUUUAGCUGAGAAUGCCUCGCCAUCUUGUGUCAUUCUGACAAUUGAGCAACAUAAGGAUAUGCAAGUCUGGAUCGAUUACCUCAAGGUAGUGACUGAUAGUGACUCACCAUAUUACAAGCAACUUCAAUACGAAUGCAAGAUUGAAAAGUACAGGACCUCACCGAUAUUCUGCAGUCGACCUGCUGUUGGACGAGAGCCUGAGACGGCGGCCUGUCGGCGGUCAUGUUGGGCAGCAGCCGGCGACGAGGCGACCAGGCCCAGGCGUCCAUUGCUCUCAGCUCUGCCGCUGCUGCAAGUUGCCAUGCGGCCGGUGCGCUGCCUCCAGCUAGCUUCUCCCGUCCUCCCAAUCUCCACUAUUCAUUAUCAAUCUGCUUGGAAUAAAGAAUCAAGGACCAAGGACAGAAGCUGGAGCUGCACGUGAACUGGGAUUGGGGAUUUUGGUCGAUAUGGAGAGAGCUGGAGCUGCACGUGAAGAGGGAUUGAGGAUUUUGGUCGACAUGGAGA